UAGGCAUUACUUUCAUAACCUUUGAAACGGACACAUCUGAAGCUGCCAUCGACACGAAAACAAAAUAAAUAAAAAGUGUAUUGGAUUUUCAAAUUGUUUAUAGUAUUAGCGGACAGCAGGUUAAUCAUGUCGGAAGAGUUUACCACCAAGUCCUCGUUUAAGGACAUGGCGAACACAACUAUUACCGAGAUACAAAAUGCAUUGCCCAUUUGCCGUAAACCCCGACCGGAUGUCAACUCGUUGACAGUGCGUCAGUAUUUGGAUCAGACCGUUGCACCAAUUUUGCUGCACGGCUUGCAGGCUCUGGCUCGUGAUAGACCUACAGAUCCUGUUAGCUAUUUGGCUACGUAUUUGUUGAAGAACAAGAACCGCUGCGACGAGCUCAAUGCGGAAGCUGUGUGAAUUCGUUUUAGUCUUUAACCCGAACACGCAUUAGGUUUAAAUGUUUUGUUUGCUGACAAUCGCUGCUAUUCGCUGAAUUUCAUUAAGGAUAUUUCGUUACACACAUUUUAGAGCUUUCCUGACCAUAAAAAACAAGGGCCUCUUACUUACCACUAACAGCUGCAUACUUUGCUGAAACAUGAUUUAAUGUUACUUCUUGUUGCACAAUAGUUAUAAAUGUAAACACGCACACUUCAAGUUGACUUUGAAAUUGAAAUUAAAAUUUGUCGCUGGGAUUUGCGCGGUUGCUGCCCCACAAGAA